AGAACGGCGUGCGGAACGGGCACGGUAGCACCGAAGUUUAAUGGUUUCAAUUAAAAUUAAUUUUUAACCAUCCUGUGUGUGUGUGUCGGCAGUGCGGCUGGCUGGGUAUUCUGCCCCCACGUAGGUUUGUGCGGUGUCGACGUUUUAAUUCAGUUCGGAUAAACAAUUCGUUUUGGUUUCGAUGAAUGGAACUGCAACUGCGAUGGACGGGACGAAGCGUUCAGACUUUUCGGAGCUAGUCCGAUUCUCUCCAGUUAUGAUGACCAUAGCUGGAGUGUUCACCAUCGUGAUAAUGAUAGUCGGAGUUGUUGGUAACAUGCUGACGGUCGCGGCCCUCCUGAGACACUCCAAAAUUCGAACCGUUGCAGCAGCAUUCAUCGCUAGCUUGUGCAUAUCGGAUCUGCUCUUCUGCUUCAUGGUACUACCCUUCUCCGCCAGUCAGUUCUUCCACGGCACAUGGAUCCACGGCGACAUCCUCUGCACGAUCAUUCCCGUCCUCCGCUACGCAAGCAUCGGAGUUUCCCUGCUGAGCAUCGCCAUCAUCUCCAUCAAUCGCUACAUCUUGAUCGCCUGGCCUCAUCUCUACUCCAAGAUCUACACGAAAACCAAAGUGAUAUGUUACAUAGGCUUCAUCUGGCUGUUCAGCUACGGCAUCCAAAUACCGAUACUGAUGGGCAAAUGGGGUUGCUAUGGCUUCGACGAGAAGCUCGGAACUUGCUCCAUAAAGAAAGACGAAAACGGAAACAGUGCGAAAACAGCCUUAUUCGUCAUCGGGUUCGCCUUUCCGUGUAUUCUAAUCGUCAUCUCUUACGCCAACAUAUUCUACACCGUGCGGAAAUCCCAUCAGCGAUUGCAACAGCACAGCACCGGCUCCAAGUACAAGCGCAGCGAAAUGAAGAUAACGAAAAUGGUGCUGGUGAUAUUCAUAUGUUUUUUGGUGUGUUAUUUACCCAUUACGCUUGUGAAAAUAUUCGAUGACGAUGUGAAACAUGCACCACUUCACGUGCUCGGGUAUUUACUUAUUUACAUGUCGUCUUGCGUUAAUCCAGUUGUGUACGUGACCAUGAACAAGCAGUACAGACAAGCGUAUUUGGACACGCUGAUGUGCAAGAUUAACAGUCCGUUGGACUCGCAAAAUACGCCUGCGCAGCCCAACAGCAGGAGUCACAUGACUGUUACCUAUUUGAAGAACAUGGUCAGUCCAUCGCCCAAAGCGUAAUUUAAUUGUUUUAUUCACCUUUUAGCCAUUAUAGUAGACUGAGAUGUCUGUAAAAUAAGGAAUACUCCGUAUUUAUUGUUGUUAGAUGAGGUUUUUAUAAUUAGAUACGUCAGUAUUGAUCAUGUACAUUUUCAUUGGAAGUUAUAGACAGUAUAAUCAAACAUUCCAAAGAUUUGUUGAUUUUGUGAUAUAUAUGUGUAUGCUAUGUAAAUAUGAUUUGUUUUAAAAAUUUCUUUGACUGCCAAAUGCCAUUCUUGCUCAAUUGCCAUUGAAUAUUAUUUGUUAAAAUGGUUAAAAAUAGUUUAUCGUGUAUUGUUAUAUAAAAAAACUUGUUAACAGGUGCCAAAUUAGUGUGCAAUCAUACCAAAAACUAUUGCUUUUAAUCAGUAUUUAGCGUAGGUUACCUAAGAAGUUUACCAACUUUGUAAAAGUACAAAAUUUAUUUAGUUUAUAUCCUUACAUUAAGGUAUAUUUGUAUAUAUUUAUAUCGUUUUUCUAUUAAUAUACUUUUAUAGAAAU